AAAAUGCCUCCGUAGCUUUCCUUCUCCUUUAAGAAACAUCACAUCACAUAAGUCAAUAACUUUCCCAAUUAUACAGCAUACGUUUGCCAUAUGGCACUCUAUAAGCACUAAACCUAAAUGGCUUUCUAAACUUCAUUCUCUAGCACCCUUAUUUAAUAACCCUGGCUUUCCACCUGGUCAGAAGCCUAAACAAUUCUGUUGGCGGAUAGAUAAAGGGCUUACACAUAUUCGCCAGUACAUACUACAUUACAAAAUUAUUAGCUGGACAGUUCUUCAGGACAGAUAUAAUGUACCAGUUCAACUUAACGUUAUAAGAAAAAACUGAAAAUACCUUCAAUAAAUACAUUUAUAAUAAUAGAUGUUUAAAAAUGCUAUAUAUGUUGACUUGUACAAUUUUCUGUUAACACUGGAUACUUAACGUUAUAAGAAACAACUGAAAAUACCUUCAAUAAAAAUAAUGAAUAAUGAAAGAUCAAGUGUAGUAUCGAGUGUAGUAUGUGUUCUUAUCAGUUUAACAGCAGGGUAAGCACACCACUUGACUGACAGAACAGAGAACCACUGGGUUGAGUCUAGGGGCCAGGAGGCUUUGCUUUGAAGCCUGAGUUUUUUUGCAUCCCAGGAUUUUCACACCUGGGGUGUCUUACCUCACAGGUCUUGCACUACUAUCUGUGAGCACAUCACUAGCACACUUUACUCUGGCACCUCAUUGCAACACCUUGCUCUUAAUCCCAGCCUUUUGGCACACAGGAUAGACAAUCAUUUUUACAAAUCUGGCUAUUAGGCUGGGACCACUUUUGGUCACCCUUUGAUUUACCCUAGUUAUUGGUCGCUAUGGCACUGUUUUCUUUUUGCACUUUUGGAUCUAUGUGCACUGAUCUGGGGGGGGGGGGAGAUGUGUGGCCAUUAGGAUCCUUCCCCCCUGAAUUCCCUGGUCCAGAAGAGGGCACAAAGUUGCUGGGUUCUUCUCGAAUGAACAUUGUCGCUCCAGACCCCUUAUAAGCCUUUUGACUGGAGUAAAGGGACCCCCUAGCCUUGAGGUGAAGGGGUUCAAAGACCCUUGCCUCCCUUCUGUACCUUAUGGCAAAGGAGGUCGGGGUAAAGGGUCUCACCCUAGCUUCAGUUAAGGGGAGCCUUUGUUUAUAUUUCUGCCUUUUGGCCAGGUGACAUGUUUUAAUGGACCUUUUUUAAGGAUUAGUCACACUUUGCGCUCUUUACACUUUGUGUUUUUGCACAUUUGUUUGCACUGUGACUGUAAUUGGAAGCAUGCUCGGGCUUAAAUAAAAAAAAUCAGUUCAACCCCUGUCCUGAUAAUUUAGAUUAGUAUGUAAUCAACCUAUGCAUGGCUGAUUGCCUUUAGAGGAGUUGGGGAGCUGUUCUGCAAGCAACACUGAAGUAGGAGAGAAUUUCACACAAAGCCCAAAUCCUGUUAUUCCUUUGCAGUCUCUCCUCGGUAUGUAUUCAACUUGUCUCCUAUACUGACUGCAAGAGAAAAGCAUGUGACUCUUUUUCUUGUUGAUGGACUAUUCACAGAAUUACAUUUUGAACCUAUUGUCAGGGCAGGGAAGGACUAGGGCAUGCAACCUACAGGCUUGGAACUAACACUGUGAGCUGCUGUUUUGUGAACAGAUAAUAUGGGCUGCCGUGGGCGUUGUUGAGUCAGAGUGAAUGGCCUCUGGUUUCAGUCUUGGCUCCUCCUUUCCCACCCCUUCUCCCACCCCUCGCUGCCAGCAGCAAUCUAGCUUGGAAACCGGACUGAGACCACCGGGCCCUGGACAAAGGAAAAAGCAUUGGCGACCGAGUAUGGCUGCAAGCAGAUGGGCAUUUAUCCACUAAACAUGAUCCUCAUCAGGGACUUCGGGUCUGAUCAGCUCCCUACCACAAAGGCCUCCUUUUAUCCUCCCCCAUAUUAAUACUGUGGAUUUGCCUUGACUCUGACUCCUUAUUUAUUUCCUACCCCACUGGAACGCGCCCACGUAGGUAUGUGGGGAAAGAUGAUUACGGAUUACGGAUCCGGAUUCAACAGCUACCCCGCAGGUCUUUUUUAGCAUCGGAACCGGAUCAGUUGGAGAGCGAACCGGAGGAUCACAGUUAUCAGGGCAAUUUCAGCGACAAACACAAAGACAAAUCCAAGGGCAAGAUUUACACCCAGAGGGACCCGGUUUACACCCGCAGCUCCGGCAACAAACCAGAAGAGGUGGACGCCGGAAAAACACCAGGAUAUCAGGGGCCAAGAGAUGGGAAUCGCAACAGGAAGCCUCGGUGGUAAUGUGUGCGGGGAGCUCCAGUUCAUCGACAGUCCUUGGCAACCACGUUCAACUUCCAUCGCACUUGGAUGUGGCUCUGAUUUCUCCUCUGUGUGGAUCUCUGGCUCUGAUGCACUGUGGCAUUCUUCAGGAGCUUCUCACAAUGGCAGAAUAAGUCACACUCGGCGACUCAGCAUAACAUCUGACAGUGGAGACACUGGUAUAGGGACAUCUUGCUCUGACAGCCUAGAAGAUCAUCCUACUUCCAGCAGUUCAUCAACAUUAAAAAGUGCAUACCCUUUGGGCUCCCUUACUGCAGCACAUGGUAUGCCCUCUACUCCCAGGUCUUCACUGUCCAGAACUAGAGAGGACAGACUGGACUCUUCACGUUGGAAUAGCAAUUACUCUUUACCAGCAGGGAGCAGACAGUAUGGAUUGUCUACUGACGCAUCUCUUGAUAUGAAAGACUCAAGACCAAUGAAAAAGUGGUCUUCAUUGUCUAAACUCAGUGUACCUGAUGGUCUCACUGUGGACAGCUGUUCAGAGAAAGCUGGCUCCAGACAUAGCCUUGAACAUGUUGGCAGAGACAGCACCAUGUCUCAGCACUCCUGCAGGCACAGGACAACCUGCCUACAUCACAGCAUGGAGCAGCUGAAGUUAGAUGAUAAAGACUCAGACAAAAGGCAGUAUAUGGGAAUUGAUUGUAAAUACAAGUACAAUGCUUGCAACAGCAAAACACUUACUACUUCAGCUGUAUCAAGUAGGAGACAUACUUUGGACAUGACUUAUAGUGCCUUACCUGAAAGUAAACCAUCCACUACUCUUAGUGAACCAUAUGGGCAAAAAUAUAGCCAUUAUGCAUACCAAGGUGGAGUUCCUAUUCAGCCCUCUGUGAGGACUCAAAUGUGGCUCACAGAUCAGCUACAUUCUAAUUUCCAGGACCGCAGGCUGACUGAUGAUACAUGUGUUAUAUCCAAUUGGCAGCCUCUUGAACAGCUCCGACAGGAAAAAGCCCAGCCACAGGUGGGCACCUGCUCUUCUCGUAUAGAAUGUACGACCAUGCCUUUAAGUCAGGAUGUGACUAAGUGGGAAUCCCUGAUGAAAAUUAAAGAAGGACUAUUGCGUCAGAAGGAGAUUGUAAUUGACAGGCAGAAGCAGCAGAUCUGCCACCUACAGCAGGCGCUAAGAGGCAAUGAUUCUCAAGCUAACCAGGCCGUCGUGGGUCAUGCCGUGAAUGGAGAAGAUUUUAUGAUGCAUCAUCUCAAGGAAAACGGUAAAUCUGAACAUCACCCUUCCCUAGAAAGAACAAAGCCUCAUUUAAAAGAUCAGGAAGAUAUUGAGAGGAAACUUGCUUGUGCUGAGACAGAGAUUGUUCAGCUUCAUGAGGUCCUGAACCAGAGCACCAGUAAAACCAGUGAAGAUAUCAAGAAGCUUGAGGACAAGAUUAAAACAAGGGAUAAGUAUAUUAACAGCCUAAGGAAAAAAUGCCAGAAAGAGAAUGAAUUAAACCGAGAGAAACAGAGGCGAAUCGAAACCCUAGAAAAAUAUUUGGCUGACCUGCCUACCCUUGAUGAUGUACAGAAACAGAGUAAGCGGCUGCAGGUAGUUGAAGAAGAGAACAAGCAAUUAAAAGAAACCAUGAAGAACCUUGAGAAGCUCCUCAAUGAGUCAAGAACUCAGUGUGAAGAAAAAGAUGCCCAGACAGAUUGCCAGAAGCAAAGGGAAAAGGAUCUGGUGAUGACUGUUCAGAGCUUGCAGGAAAAAGUACAGAAAUGUCUUGAAGAUGGUGUACGACUCCCAAUGUUGGAUACCGCACAGAUGCAAAAUGAAAAUGACCGACUCAGAGAACAGAAUGAUCGAGCUAAUAAGGUCAUAGACAAUCAGCAAAGUCAAAUAGAGAAUAUGAUUGCAGAAAUUCAGGCAUUGAGAGAGAAACUUUAUCAAGAGCAUUUGGCAGCGCAGGAGCUUGAAAAGAGGCUAGAAGAGAAAAUGCACUGCACUCGGCAGCUAGAGGUUCUUUCUUUUGAAAAGCAAAACUUAAAAGAAGACAAUGAGCGCAUGAGAGGGCAAAUAGAGGAAAUGCAAAUUUCCAGGCAGCCAUUAUCAGAUAAGAUUCCAGUCGCUGAGCAGCUCUUCAAAUUGAUGUCCCACUGUCUGUUUGACUUGAAAGCACUUUGCAGUAUACUAAAUCAACGAGUCCAUGGCAAGGAGCCAAACCUUUCUUUAUUGCUAGGCAUUGUAUCUUUGAACAGCUCUUUUGAGGAAAAUGAAGCCUGCCAGAGCACAGAGAGUCUAACCAAGAAACUGUCAGAAGCACAUCAGCUACGGAAGGAUAUUGACGAUCUAAGGACUAUGCUAUCAGAUUGCUAUGCUCAGGACAUGGGAGACAAUUGCAUUACUCAGUGAUCAAUCCAUAUUUAGAUUAAAUGCUGCUUUUUUACAAAUCUCUGCUUUUCUACUUGGGAGCCAUAACAGAAACUACAACUUUACUAUGCACAUCAGAUGCUUCUAACCCACCCACUCCCUCUCUUUCCCUGAAGGAAAGAAGCAUAUUCUGGAAUAUACUUUCCCUCUUUUCUUAUGGUUUUUAGAUACUUCUGAAUGUUUCCCUCACUUUGAAUGUAGCGGUGGAUUUUUUUUCCUACAAAAUCCAUUUGCAUUUAUACAUAGAUAAAAAAAGCCUACAAAAAAGUAGGGAUGCACCGAAUCCACUAUUUUGGAUUCAGCCGAAUACAGAAACUGAAUCCUAAUUUGCAUAUGCAAAUUAGGGGUGGUUGCCCCUAAUGUGCUUAUGCAAAUCUGGAUUUGGUUCGGCCGGGCAGAAGGAAUAGGCCGAAUCCUGCUGAAAAAGGCAGACUCCCCAACCGAAUCCUGGAUUUGGUGCAUCCCUACAAAAAAGUGCUGCAGGUGCAAGAUGUCAAAAGAAUUCCUUUUGCACCUACUCUCCUAGAUGACUAAAGGAAAAUUACACAGAAUUGUUUUGCAUUUUAGUUUUAGGAGUGAAUUCUAAGUGUGAUUGUGAUUGAAGUGUGUACAGUUGUGCGAUAGGUGAGGUGACGUCUAGUAUUGUUUUUUUAUGAGAUGUGGAUAGUGCAAAAACAAAAUACUAUGUUUAAAAAAAACUGAAAUGUUAAAUAGUUUUGAAGUAGUUACAAGUAGCAGGAAUUAAGUUAAUCAGGCUUUCUACUGGUCUACUGGUGUGGUGCUUAAAUCAGGGGAUAAAUCAGGGGAUAUAUGUUAUGGGAUCCCAGUGUUUGAUGUAGUUGUAUCUUCUAUCCCUUUUGGGUUUAAUAUUAUGAACAAAUUAUUCAGUCUGAUGCAGAACCCUGUACAAAGUUGGGUCAUUAGCAGCUGAGGUUUACUAUAUAUUGUGCUUGGUCUCAACCAGAGAAUCUUCACUCACACACAGUAUUUAUUCCUGAAUGUGAUUGUUUGCCUUUAUUUUUGCUACAAAGUACAGCGUAUAUGGCCUGUAGCAAACACGAUGCAGGAAUAUAGCUCCUUAUAAAUUGUAGAAAGUCAUUUUCUGCAUUUCCAAACACAGUUGGGGGGUCAUUUAUAAGAGUGGGCAAAUUAUGAUGAUUGUUUUCAGUGCUUAACCUGGAGCUGGCUGAAAAAAAGCUAAUCACUGAUUGGUUGCUAUGGGUUACUGCCCAGGUGCAAAUUUGCCCAGUGAGCCCCAGUGAUCACUGCAAUAAAACAAUUGUAUGACUUACUACUACCUGGGACUGGUACUAAAAAGACCUGGCUUAUAUGCCAUCAAUAGAGAGGCUUGCAGAUCAAGUGAGACUGCUGAUAAAAGGCUGAUGAAAGCCCAUCAUGAGAAUACCAACUUCUCCAUUGUGUGCAAGAUGCUCUUAAAAACAUUUCUGUCAAGGUAGCAUCAUAAUGGGUAAUUUUCCUCAUGGUUUAACUCGUACAAUUGUUGCAAAUAUCUUCCCAUCAUAGACUCUAACAGCAGCCCGUCUGUUUUGUUGCCGCUACAUUCCUUGGAGAUAAGUCAAACAUAUAGAUUAUAAGUUGGGGGGGGUUGCUGUUCCUCACUCUUAAAAAAUAUGAUUCUCCUAUCCUGAAGGAUAGUAUAAAAUGCUUUCUAAGAAAAUGUGUCCUAAGGAAGCCAUUAUUGCCCUGUAUUGCAUUAAGUAAAUACUUCAGAGCUAGUCUUACAUUUCUCACAAACCCUAUUGAUCUGAAAGAUAGCA